CAAUUUUUUUCUAACUCCUUCUUACUCUUCUUCAGCUGCCGAGUGCCGACUCGGUUUCUCACUGAUUUCCUCCACCAUUGUUGCACUCUGAAGUAAAUCAUACAGCAGAUCAAUAUCCAGAACGAUUAGAUUGCAUAAAACCUAACCUUAAACCCACCGUUCCAGAGUAAUUCAAUUUCUGAUGUAAAUUCAAGCCCCAACCCUAACUCUUUCCUAUCGUCAUAAUCACUGCUUUGUUACUUCCAGUUCGUUUAAAAUGCUUUCAUUGCAUCGUUAUUCUUUCACCACAUUGUUGUAUUAAGCAUUAUAUGAAAGUGUAAAGGCGUUGGAGAAGGAAAUCCUUAAAAUAUGGAAUUGGAAGGCAGUUGUUAGAACUGUAAGUUGCAGAGCUUCUCUUACUCGUCAAUCAUUUUGGACUCAUUGGAGUAUUAUGGGCAUUGCAUGUUUUGCAUAAAAUACAAGAGAACUUUGAGAGUCUUAAAUGUUUUUGGGAAUUCGAUUAAACAAUAUAUGGCGAUGGCAGACAUCUCCAGUACUCUGUACUUCUAAUGCUUUCUACUUCAAUAGCCACUUCUCAACCUCUUCUCUUCGUAAGGAACUAUAUUCCUUGGCUGAGAGUAACGAUGACACAUUUCUACCAUGGUUGGAACGAAAAGCAGAGACAAAGAUCUCGUCAGUGCUUUCUAUUGGGAAAUCUUCCAUUGGAAGGUUUCUGUUUGCUUCUGAGACUAUACGGGCUGGAGAUUGUAUUUUAAAGGUUCCUUUCAAUGUGCAAAUUUCACCUGAUAGUCUUCCUUUACCCAUUAGAGAUCUUUUAGGCAAUGAGAUUGGAAAUGUUGCCAAGCUCGCUGUUGUAGUUCUUCUUGAACAUAAAUUAGGCCUGGGUUCUGAGUGGGCACCUUACAUCAUUCGACUUCCUCAACCAUGGGAGAUGCAUAACACAAUAUUUUGGAAAGAAAGCGAGUUGGAGAUGAUUCGUAAAAGCUCUUUAUAUGAGGAAUCACUUAAUCAAAGAUCACAGAUCAAAAGGGAAUUUCUGGCAAUCAGGAAAGCACUGGAAGCCUUUCCUGAAAUUAUUGAUAGGAUCAGUUGCGAUGAUUUCAUGCAUGCAUAUGCCCUUGUUACUUCUAGAGCAUGGAGAAGCACAGAGGGUGUCUCUCUGAUUCCAUUUGCAGAUUUUUUAAAUCACGAUGGUGCUUCAGAAGCAAUGUUACUAAAUGAUGAUGACAAACAGCUCUCUGAGGUUGUUGCUGAUCGUGAUUUUGCCCCUGGUGAACAUGUACUAAUAAGGUAUGGAAAAUAUUCAAAUGCUACGUUGAUGUUGGAUUUUGGGUUUGCGCUUCCAUACAACAUUCAUGAUCAGGUACAGGUCCCAGUUAAAACUGUUAAAGAUGAUCCUUUGGCGAGAAUAAAGUUGGAACUUUGGGGAAGAAGUUGCACAUCAGGUACCGACUAUGUGAAAGGUGUUUACUCCACUGGGAAUUCUUUCACCAUCAGAGAAGUGAGAUCUGCCACAGGGAAAGGGAGAGGUCUUCCCCAAUCACUUCGUGCAUUUGCUCGUAUUUUGUCUUGCACUAAUCCUCAGGAGUUAAAUGACUUAAGUUCUGAAGCUGUUAAUGGUGAUGGUCGAUUGGCUCGAAUUCCACUGAAGAAUGUCUAUAAAGAAGUUGAAGCACAUCGGAUUUUGCUUUCUCAAUUCAAACAAUUAGUUGAAGAGUAUAAUGCAUCUAUUGAGGCAAUAGAGCCGGUUGAUUCUCCUUGUCUGGGCAGAAAGUUGGCACGGCGAAGACUAUUGGCCCAACAUCUUCUCACCGGUGAGGUUCGCGUCCUCAAGUCUGCUAUUGCUUGGCUGGAGAACUAUUGUGAGGCCAUUUAGAUUCACCUCUUAUAUAAAUUGGAUAGUGCGGAUCAUCUCCAAUUCCCAACAUAUCCAUGUAACUUUAGGCCUUUGGCAAUUCAUGCUUCAAUAGCACCAUGGCCUGGUAUGUAAUCUUCUUUUUGAGGUUGGUUGUACUAAAUUUACUUCUCUUGAGCUUUAUUCGUUUUAAUGUGCUUUGGUUGCUAUUGUUCUCUACUGUAAGGGCUGCUGCAUUUGUAAUUUAGGAAAUAGUUUAGAUUGAUUUGAUAUUUUGAGUGUGUAUUUAUAUUGAAGACCAUCAUUAAUGAAAAAUGGAAAAUGAAAAAAUAUAAGGAAUUGCAAAAA